CGGGUUUUGUGGGCGGCUGGGAUAUUUUUGCCAAGCGGACGAGCGAGUUAGUGCCGUGAAUAGCAUUUUUUGGAGUCUCUCGAUCAGUUCCUUGCAUCGCGAAAUCAGUUUUGCAUCGCUGGUGCUCAAAAGGUUGCGAAGCAGCCGCCAGCGUGCAGCAGCAGCAACACACGCGGCGCCAGUGCAAUUAGCAGUGCCAAACGCCGUCGCCGCAACAGCAGCAAUAAAACAAGAAUGCCGCGCCGCAAGAAGACCGCCGCCGAGGCCGUGCUCUGCGGCGGCCUCGCGGGCUGCGCGUCGAAGACGGCGAUGGCGCCGCUGGAGCGCGCGCGCAUCCUGCUGCAGGUCGGUAAAGACACGUCCUUCGUGGUUGCAUUAAGGCGCGUCUGGCGCACGGAGGGUUUUCAAGGGUUGUGGGCGGGCAACGGCGCGUCGAUACUGAGGGUCUUUCCAGCUAGAGGCAUUGCGUUUGCGGUGAACGAGCGGUUGCGGCCCUAUGUGAAGCGGCAUGCCGCGGGCAGCUUCGCCGCGGGCGGUUUGGCUGGGAUGUGUGCCGCGGCCGCAACAUACCCAUUGGAUCUGGCGCGCGGCGUGCUCGGCGGCCAGGGCAAGGGCAGUAUCUGGCAGGUGCUCGUGGACGCGUUCCGGAGAGGUGGUGUGAAGGCACUGUACCGCGGUGCGACGCCUACUUUGUUGGGAGCAAUCCCGUUCGACGGGAUUCGCUUCGGCGUCGUCGGCGUGCUACGACGGUACCCUCACGAGCCGGAGUCGCGGGGGCGGGCCGUCGGGCGGUCGGCGGUGUAUGGGGGUUGUGGUGGCUUGGUGGCGGGCGUCGCGACGUUUCCGAACGAUACCAUAAGGCGGUGCCUCCAGCAGCCCCAGGCUGAGUAUCGUGGGUAUGUCGACUGUGCUUUAUCGCUCGUGCGCGCCGACGGCGUGCCGCGGUUGUAUCGGGGGCUGGCGCCGUCGCUCUUGCGGGCGGCGCCGUCGGCCGCGAUCCAGUUCGCGGCGUUCGACUUCUUCUCGGGGGUCGUGCUUGGUAGGAAUGGUUGAUUUAAUAAUGUGGUU